AUGAAAAAGUCUGAUUUAUUGGCUGGUGUAGCCAAAUCUGCUACUUAUAACAUAAUUCUCCAAUUUUCUCUAAGAAUAAUAACAUUCUUCUUGAAUGCCUUUGCAUUAAGAUAUAUAUCUAGAGAUUUACUUGGUGUUGUCAAUGUAAGAUUAACCUUGUUAUAUUCAACUAUACUGUUUCUUGCCAAAGAGGCAUUUAAUAAAGCAUGUCUAAGUCAGUCAGAAAAUAAAAAUUGGCAGCAAAUUAUUAAUCUGAUGUGGUGUGCUGUUCCGGUAGGAUUUAUAUGUUGUACAUGUGGAAGUUUUAUUUGGAUUUAUUUAUUAGAAAUUCCAGAUCCUAAUAUUAUACCUUACUAUAAUAUUGGUGUUAUUGCUUUUGCCUUCUCAACUCUGGUAGAGAUACUUGCUGAACCAUUAGUCAUUGUUGGGCAAAGUUUUAUGUUUGUAAAAUUGAAGGUGUUAUUCUAUGGAUUAUCUCAAGGUUUUAAGUGUUUAUUUACAAUAAUUAUGGUUAUUUAUUUUCCUAAAUUUGGAAUUAUCAAUUUUUGUUUGGCACAGGUGUUAUCUGUGUUGAUAUAUGUUAUUCUUUAUUAUGGUUAUUUUACUCAUUAUUUCUUACAACCAAAGAAAUCCGAUGAUUUCCCAUUCACAUCAGUUUCUCAGUUCUUACCAAAGACAAUUCCAGGCAAACCUUUUAUAGAUACUAAUUAUGCUAGUUUAACAUGGAGUUUCUUUAAACAAUCAUUUUUAAAACAGAUACUGACAGAAGGUGAAAAGUUUGUUAUGACAUUUUUUGAUGUUUUAAGUUUUGCUGAUCAAGGUAUAUAUGAUGUAAUAAAUAACCUGGGUUCAAUGGCUGCAAGAUUUAUAUUUUUACCUAUAGAGGAUACUGGAUAUCUUUUCUUCUCUCAAUCUUUAACACGAGGUAAACCCAUACAUCAGCAAAAACAGGAAGAUGUCAAAUUCAGUAGUGAUGUCUUAAGUUUAUUUCUAAAAAUAGUGACAUUAAUAGGGUGCAUCAUAUUAACCUUUGGUUACACCUAUUCUUAUUUAGCAUUACAUUUAUAUGGUGGAACUAUACUUACUGUCGGCUCAGGUCCAGUGUUAUUAAAAUGGUAUUGUCUAUAUGUAUUAGUUAUAGCUAUCAAUGGUACUACAGAAGGCUUCGUAUUUGCUGCCAUGUCAAAAAAUGAUGUAGAUAGAUAUAAUCACAAGAUGUUAUUAUUUUCUGUUUUAUUUUUACUAUCUUCAUGGUUUUUAACUAAAACAAUUGGUAGUGUAGGUUUUAUACUGGCUAAUUGUUUAAAUAUGGCUGCAAGGAUCAUUCAUAGUAUGAUAUUUAUUAGAACAUAUUUUAAAGAGAGUAAUUAUAAACCAUUACAUGAUAUUAUACCUUCGUUACCUGUUAAUGUUGUCAUAUUGUUAUCAUUUAUUAUCACCUAUCUAUCAGAGCAAAAAUUUUGUAAUGGUGAUGUCUUAGGUAAAGUGUUACAUGUUUUGAUUGGAGGAGUGUGUUUACUGGUUACCUUAGCAACAAUAUUAUUUACAGAAAAGAAAUUAAUAAAUUUUAUAGAACAACAAUAUUAUUUAAGAAAAGCAAAUAAAAAGGAAUCAUGAUG